AUGCACACGACUCAUUUUAUUCAAUGUCGUGUUAAUAUUGAAAUUUUAAAGUUUGCCGACGAAGAUGGUAACUACAAGAGAAAACCAUCGGUUUUUCGUGAUUGGAUUAGUAGCAAGCCUGGUGCUAGAUUCCCUCCUGAAGCAGGUAGAUACCACUUGUAUGUUUCAUUUGCUUGUCCAUGGGCCCAUCGUACAUUAAUCACUAGGAGGUUGAAAGGUUUGGUUUCAAUUAUAGGAUUGUCAGUGGUUCACUGGCACAUGGAUGAUAAAGGAUGGAGAUUCCCAACCAAGGAAGAAUUGGAUUCAUUAAAGCAAAAGGAUGAUGUGUCAUUAGGCACACCUGACCAUUUAUAUGGCUUUAGUCGAUUGAGAGAAUUGUACUUUAAAGCUGAUCCCAAUUAUCAAGGUAGAUUCACUGUUCCUGUAUUGUGGGACAAAAAGGAGCAAACAAUUGUCAAUAACGAAUCAGCCGAGAUUAUCAGAAUGUUGAAUUCCGAAUUUAAUUCAAUUUUGCCUACAGAAUAUGCUGACUUGAAUUUGGUUCCCAAAGAGUUGGAAUCGCAAAUUGAUGAAUUAAACAGCUGGGUCUAUGAUAACAUCAACAAUGGAGUUUAUAAAACAGGAUUUGCAUCCAAGCAAGAGGUUUAUGAUAAAGAGUGUCGUAACGUGUUUGCCCAUUUGGAUAAAGUUGAGUCAUUAUUGCAACAGAAUAAGCAACAAGACCGCAAAAAUGAAUUUUUAUUAGGCAAUAGUUUAACUGAGGCUGAUAUUAGGUUAUUCACUACAAUUAUCCGUUUUGACCCAGUUUAUGUUCAACAUUUCAAAUGCAAUAUUGGAAUGAUUAGAACUCAUUAUCCAAAUAUUCAUAAUUGGCUUAGAUUGUUGUAUUGGAAAAUCCCUGGGUUCCAAGAGACGACAAAUUUUGAACAUAUCAAGUACCAUUAUACUAAAUCUCAUGUCAAGAUUAAUCCUUAUGGUAUUACUCCUUUGGGACCAGUACCAAAUAUUUUGCCAAUUGAUCAGUAA